UGGCGGGAAGAGUCAGCUGUGUGUUAUACAAUCUGUGACUGGAAUCCGAGUCCUCCUCCUCCUCCUUCCUCUCUAUAGACAGACAGACAUGUCCGGACUCCACAGAGAUCUCCCCUCACUGAGAGACACAGCACAGCCCCGGAAGAUCACAGCUGGAGGCGUCUCUGGGGGAAGAGGACUGAAAACUUCAACCAAACACAACGGCCGCCAGCACACGGGAAACUCUUCAUUCGUGGAAAGUACACCAAACAUGGGGAAGACCACUAAUGGAGUGCCUGCGCUUUCCUCCCUGGAAUACGAUGUGGUGUCCACACCCAACAAGAGGGCUCGGAAGAGGAAGAACAUGAUGGAGGAGGAGGAAGAGCGGUCUAUAGAAGGCGGUGCAGGAAAGAGAACCUCCCUAUCGUUAGAGAAGAGCUGUGUGAGGAGAACGCUCGUCGUCCUGCCGUCUCACCUGGAGGCUGAAUCUGAGAAGCCGGAGGAGUCUGGUGAUCAGCAGGAAAGUGGAUCCGGUGUCUCUGCUCCCAGCACACACAUCACGGAAACUACAAACGGUGUAAGGAGAAGUGUUAGGAAAAAGAAGUUUCUGUACGACUCCCUGGAGGAGAAGAAGUUAUUGUUUGAGCCAGACGAUGCGGCCAACAUGAACGUUAACCCUAAAAUUGUCGUAAAGAAACCCUCUGCGGAUGAAUCUGAUAGCGAGGAAGAGUCCGAUCAGGAACAGAUGGAACUCUCUGCAUACGAGCGUGAAAGACUGGAAAAUAUAAAGCAGAAUGCAAAAUUCCUGAACUCCAUAAAAUUGCUGGAGUCUGUAGCAAGCCUUCGUCCACCAAAAAAGAAGAAUCAGAAACAUGUUGUCAAAAGAAGCAGCAGGAGGUGUCCAGCGAACCCGGAAAAUGAUCAGACGUUUUUUUUCUAUAUUUAUUUAUUUAUUUUUAUUUUUUCCCGGGUUCUUUUUUAUUUUAGAGAGAAGGGGAAUACAGUUGUUCGCCGUUCCAUGCGGCUGCAGAAUGGAACUCCUUCUGAAGUUAAACUGGAAGAGGAAUCCCCGGCUGUGGAAGAGAAUGUGCGGCAUAUGAAACCUCCAGGUCCCAUAGAGAUGAUUCCAUUGAACAAACAGGAUGACGAUAAGGCGAUGGACCAAUUCAUGAGAAUGUGGACUUCAAUCAGCCAGGAGACUAUUAAAACCCCAACAAAUAAGACUGUGAAAGACCUAAAGAGCUAUGAAAAAAGUCUGAAAAAAAUGAAACUGCGAGCCGGGGACGUUGCCAAAGUUGUUCCUGGACGAAUUUUGUCUGUAGCCAUCCAUCCCUCUGAAAGGCGGACACUUGUGGCAGCCGGAGAUAAGUACGGGAAUGUUGGACUCUGGAAUGUGGAUGACAAUUCGGAUGGAAAGGAAAUUUAUGUGUUUGAACUCCAUUCACGUAACGUUGGUUGCCUUUCUUUCUGUCCAUGGAAUCCGGCUUGUUUGCUGUCGCUCAGCUAUGACGGCACUGUGCGCUGUGGUGAUGUCACCCGCACUGUCUUUGAUGAGAUCUAUCGUGAUGAGGAAGAAAGCUUCUCUUCCUUCGGUUUCUAUUCGGCUGACGGUUCUGUCCUGAUAGUCAGUCACUGGGAUUCCACGCUGUCACUGAUGGACCGCAGAACCCCUGGAACAACCUAUGAAGUACGAUCGCCUGUAGACUUAUCGAGCCCCCGCACUGUCAGUGUUCAUCCAUUGCAGAGAGAGCUGUGCGUUGUAGCAGGAGCUGGAGAUGUCUGUAUUUAUGACAUCAGACAGAUCUCCAGUAAGAAGCUUCGCCCUGUGAUCUCCUUACCUGGACACUCGAAAAGUGUGUCGUCUGCAUACUUCUCCCCCGUCACUGGCAAUCGUGUCCUCACCACCUGCGCUGAUGAUCGCCUACGAGUGUUCGAUAGCAGCAGCCCGACCUCCACCGCUCCACUUCUCACUUCAAUCAGGCACAACAACUUCACCGGCCGCUGGUUGAGCCGUUUCCAAGCGUUGUGGGACCCGAAGCAAGAGGACUGUUUCAUGGUGGGCAGUAUGAGUCGGCCUCGGCAGAUUGAGGUUUAUCAUGAAGACGGGAACCUCGUAGAUAAUUUCUGGGAUGAAAACCUGAACUCUGUGUGCUCCAUCAACGUCAUGCAUCCCACCAGGAGCAUCUUGGUGGGUGGGAACAGCAGCGGGAGGCUCCAUGUGUUCCGGGACCAAUUCGCCUGAUACAGGAGGGUCCGUGGAGGUCAGACUGAAAUCCAGCGAUGGAAGCUGGGAGGUUCGCGAUAAAUCUGCUGCAGUUGUUUGUUACGUGAAUGAUUCCAGUUGUGGAAUCCGAGCGAAGCCGAGCCUGGCCGAAUGUAGCCGAGUGUACUGCACUCGGUAUAUGUCGGCGCAGGCAUUCAAACUGAG